AUGAACUUCACCGGCUACGAGUAUAGAUUAGGGAUUUUGGCAAGUGAUCAUGGAGUAAAAACAUCCAUCCAGUUUUGUACUAAAUUUGUGAUCCUUAUUUUUCAUCCCAUUGGCACUCUUGAGAUUAAUUGCUCGAAGGACGUCAAAAUUCAGGGAAUUAUCGGACCAUGUACAUCUAUGGAGAAGAAGGGGGCUCUUUGUGCUGACACCAUUGUAGGACAAGGAAAUACAACUUCAUGGAAGAUGUGUGGUCUUGAUAGAAGUACUUGUUUGACUGUGUUCUUUGAUAUUUCACCUAGUGAACGGUCAAGCCAACCUGGAAUACCAAAUCCACAGCUGUAUAUACAAUUCUUAACAAAUUAUCAAAAUCCUGAAGGUCAGAUGAGGCUACGGGUUACAACAAUUACUAGGGCAUGGGUGGAUGGUUCUAACACAGAGGAAUUAGUUGGAGGAUUUGACCAGGAAACUACAGCUGUUGUAUUAGCAAGAUAUAUCUCUUUGAAAAAUGGAGAUGGAGGUAAGGAAAGUUUUACAUACCUGGAUGGAUGUUUUUACUCCAUGAUCACUUGCCAAAAUCCCUAAUCUAUACUCGUAGCC